AUGCAGUUCUCCCUUCUCAGCUUCGUUGCCCUUCUGGCGGCCACCUCGGUAAACGCCACUGUGUACUUGGGAUUGCGCACCAACUAUGAUGGACAUAAAUCCCAGGUGGCAUGCGGUUUCAGCACCAUUGUCGAUAGUGACAGCAACCCCUGUGGACGAAACUUCUAUGUUGACGGUAACAAUGGGCCUUUCCGCUUCGAAGGCUGCGGUGGAAAUGGGUUGACCCUUUUCCGUAACGGACAGUUUAACAGCAACUGCAAGUUCCAAAGCCGCACUAUCAACUGCAAUGGAGGAGCAAAAAUUGCUCAAGCCUGGGUUUGCAACUAG